AUGCUCCCGCUUGCGCAGUAUCUAUCGACGUGUAGUCUACUAGAUGAAAGAUACGUCGGGAUUGAGCCGAGCCGGAUUGCAGCAGCGGCCUACUACCUUGCUCUGCGGAUUGUAUUCACGAGGAAUCGUCUCGAACUCGAUUGGAGCUACAAGCACAUCAAGCUCUCUGGGUACAGGGCGGUAGAGCUGAGACCACUAAUGGCCGCGUUGUGGAACACCAGCCAACAGAAACAAAGCACCACACCUAUCAAAGCCAUGCGGAUUGCCCAGUUUCGAGAAGCAGCCAAGGUCGUAGACCUUACCUCGAACGGCGUUCUUCCCUUUUUUCCACGAUGUUUCAAACCGUGGGAUUAUGAGGGCCUGUACGUUCCCUCCUGGGACGAGUCAGAAGAUAGCUCGCCAGAGAACAUCUCAAGCUCGUCAGAGUCCAGCUCACAAGAUGAAUGGGAAGAGGAGAUAUAA